CUCCUUCCCUUCGUGUCCCCUGUCGCUCUCUCUUCCCCGCUCUCUCUCUCUCUCUCUCGCUCUCGUGUGGGUUCGUCUAAUCUAGAUUAGAUGCGAUGAUGAUGAUUCGAGGCGCUAGCUUAUUUUAGCUGGAAUCCCAGGCUAAACCCUGGCUCCUUGGUUCAGCGGGCCUCCCGGUGAGAAGAAUCGCAUAUCCGAUCAGGAUGGAGACGGAGAAAGUGAAGUCUGUCCCUGGUCAUAAUCACGCUGGGAGUGGAUGAUAAGAUCAUAAAAAGAAAAUUCUGACAAACAUCAGUCACAAACUCACAACUCAUAUUGUUGUGCUUUUUCCCUGAGCCACUGAGGUCAGGAGUGAUUGAUUGGUUUAAGUUCAGUGCACGCUGCAAGCGGUGGCAUCAUGGGUAGUGCCUGUUCGAGGAAGAGGGGCCAGUUGGUCCAAGAGGAUGAUCUCUACAGUGCGAGGUUCUCCAAGAGCGGCAGCUUCAAGUGGCUGCUGCACACGCUGCCCCGCAGCAACUCUGCCGAUGUGCAGCGGAGAACACAGGGCCCAGCGCCAGGCCGGUGCCCGUCUCUUGUGGAGCUAUGUGUGGCCAAAGUCUGCGAGGACAUAAAUAGGUAUUCUGAUUUCUCCCUCCUGCCCAGAGAUCUUAGUCAGCAGAUAUUCAAUGAGCUGGUGGAAUGCGGAUGCCUCACGGAGGCAUCGCUUGGGGCUUUCCGUGAUUGUGCUUUGCAGGACCUAACAUGGGACAUCUCUUCACAGGAUGUUUGUCUAGGAGACUACCCUGGAGUUACUGAUGCUUGGAUGGAAGUAGUGGCUUCUCAAGGGCAGUCCUUGCUAUCUGUUGACCUCUCUUGCUCAGAUGUGACUGAUAGUGGAUUCAAUCUUCUUAAAGAUUGCUCAAGCAUGCAAAGUUUGGCAUGCGAUUAUUGUGAUAAAAUCUCAGAACAUGGACUUAAGACAUUAUCGGGCUUUUCAAACUUGACAUCGCUGAGCAUUAAGAAAUGUGCUGCUGUUACUGCUGAAGGAGCAAAAGCCUUUGCAAACUUAGUUAAUUUGGUAAACUUAGACCUCGAGCGAUGUCCAAAGAUUCAUGGCGGGCUUAUACAUUUAAAAGGCUUGAAAAAACUGGAAAAACUGAAUAUGAGAUACUGUAAUUGCAUCACAGAUUCAGACAUGAAAUAUUUAUCAGAUCUCACGAAUUUGAGAGAGCUACAGCUCUCUUCCUGCAAAAUCUCUGAUUUUGGUGUUUCUUAUCUGAGAGGUCUGCACAAGCUAGGUCAUCUAAACCUGGAGGGCUGUUCAGUUACUGCAGCUUGUUUGGAGGUUAUAUCUGAACUGGCUUCGUUGGUCUUGUUGAAUCUAAGUCGGUGUGGCAUAUGCGAUGAAGGCUGUGAGAACUUGGAAGGUCUUACAAAAUUGAAGGCUCUAAAUUUAGGGUUCAACCACAUCACAGGUGCAUGUUUAAUUCAUUUAAAAGAUUUGAUCAGCUUGGAGUGCUUGAACUUGGACUCAUGUAAGAUUGGUGAUGAGGGUCUAUUUCACCUGAAAGGCCUCAUACAGCUAAAAAGCCUGGAGCUUUCAGACACUGAAGUUGGGAGCAAUGGACUUCGUCAUCUGUCUGGUCUACGUAAUUUGCAGAGCAUCAAUCUCUCUUUUACAUUGGUUACUGACAUUGGUUUGAAGAAGAUCUCUGGCUUGAGCUCACUGAAGUCUCUUAAUCUUGACAAUCGCCAAAUCACAGAUACUGGUUUAGCAUCUCUUACAAAUCUCACUGGAUUGACACACCUUGACCUAUUUGGAGCUCGCAUAACUGAUUCUGGCAUGAACUGCUUCAGAUUUUUCAAGAAUCUUCAGUCCCUGGAGGUCUGCGGUGGGUUGAUUACGGAUGCCGGUGUGAAGAACAUCAAGGACCUGAAAGCUCUGACGUUACUCAACCUAUCUCAAAAUGGCAACCUCACGGACAAAACCCUAGAGCUGAUCUCUGGCCUGACCGCGCUGGUGUCGUUGAACGUGUCCAACUCCCGGGUGUCCAACUCAGGCCUCCACCACCUGAAACCGCUGCUGAACCUGCGCUCCCUAUCCCUGGAGUCCUGCAGGGUGACGGCAAGCGAGAUCGAUAAGCUCCGGCUGGUCGCCCUCCCCAACCUGAUCAGUGUCCGGCCGGAGUGAUAGGACCAGCACUUCCACAGCGACCUGUAACUGUAAAGCAACUGCUGCUUGACUAGAGCAGGUCGCCUUGUACAUACUUUUGCAAGAACGAGAUGUCUGUACAUAUUGUUCUUUGUGUCGCGUCGGUGUGCCUGAUGGCAACGGAUACCUCCGUGUCACCGUGUGCACGGUAUCCCACGGAUCCUGUGAUAGGAAGGAACAAUUGUAAAUAUGUCGUGCUUCCUCCAUGUGGGGUGCUCCUGUGUAAAUAGAUUGGUGCAUUGCUAAAUACCUCUCCUUGGCUGCUGUGUAAAUAGAUUAGUGCAUUUCUAAAUACCUCUACUUGGUAUCGGUUAAAUGCUAGUUUUGAUGUAAAAUCGUGGUAUCGGUUAAAUGCUAUAGUUUUUAUGUAAAAUCGUGGUAUCGGUUAAAUGCUA